CCGCAGAGGAUGCUGCCGGAGGAUCCAGUCCCGACCGUCCGAGCCGCGGCGCAUUUCUGCUGAAGUCAGUCCAUCACCGAAAUGAACCGUACUGCGCUUUAGACCGGGUUCAGCACGAGGAGAGAAAAUAAGAACUAAAAACUCCAAUCAAGUGCCUCAUUUUAAACUUGAUACCGGAGUAUAUGGGAGUCGCCCGCACGGAUGCAGCUCUAUACGCCGGCUUUAGAAGUUGGACAGCCAGAGAUUUGAAUGCCAUGACUCUCGACUUUGGACAAGAAUUGCAGCGCAGUGCAGACGAAACGAAGAGGUGCACUUCCAGUUUACCGGACGGUGUUAUCUGAUCAACAUGUGGCACGUAAACAAUAGGCACCUUUCGUCUUUCUGAGGCAUGGACCAUUAGGAUAUCGAUCCCCGAAGAACCCACGGGUGCUGCUUAUUAUUCCCAGUAAUGGAAUGAAGACAUUAUCUUGAUAUAAUGGAUGAUAGGUCCAGUAAGCUCAUCUUGGUGCCUAUUUUAGCUGUCCUUUUUGUUAUGAUAGGUUACCAGUACAUCUGUCCCGCUGGCAGCAAUUCGUGCUACUUUAGGGCUGGGGAGAAAUUAGGAGGGGUGAGCCUACUUUCCAGCCCGUACCAGGACAGCGAUGAUUUCUACAGAGAUCAAGACCUGGAGGACGACAGCCCCCCGAAGCAACCGUCACAAUUCAACUUCACCGAACGAGACCUCGACAGACACGUGGAGUUCAACAUCAAAGGGGACGACGUGAUAGUGUUUUUGCACAUCCAGAAGACCGGAGGAACCACUUUCGGGAGACACUUGGUGAGGAAUAUUCGCUUGGAGCAACCGUGCGACUGCAAGCCCGGGCAGAAGAAAUGCACAUGUCACCGACCGGGGAAAGAGGAGUCCUGGCUCUUCUCCCGGUUCUCUACCGGCUGGAGCUGCGGGCUGCAUGCAGACUGGACCGAGCUAACGAAUUGUGUACCUGUCAUUAUGGAUAAGAAGGAGGCCCAGAGGAAUAAAAGGAACUUCUACUACAUCACCAUGCUGCGAGACCCAGUGUCCCGCUAUCUGAGCGAGUGGAAACACGUCCAGCGCGGGGCCACGUGGAAGACCGCCCUCCAUAUGUGCGACGGACGCUCGCCCACCCAGGACGAGCUGCCCACCUGCUACAAUGGGGACGACUGGUCCGGUGUUACCCUGAUAGACUUCAUGAACUGCCCGUCCAACCUCGCCAACAACCGUCAGGUCCGCAUGCUGGCUGACCUGAGCCUGGUGGGCUGCUACAACCUGUCCUCUAUGAACGAGAGCCAGCGUAACCACAUCCUCCUGAGCAGCGCCAUGAGCAACCUGAAGAACAUGGCGUUCUACGGCCUAACCGAGUUUCAACGCAAGACGCAGUACCUGUUCGAGCGGACGUUCAGCCUGCGCUUCAUCGCCGCUUUCACGCAGAUCAACAGCACGCGAGCUGCCAACGUGGACCUGAGCGAGCCCGUGCGCAGACGCAUCGAGGAACUCAACUAUUUGGACGUGCAGCUGUACGAGUACGCGAAGGACCUGUUCCUCCAGCGUUUCCAGUUCACCCGCCAGAGGGAGCACCAGGAGGUGCGCUUGAAGAGGCGCGAGGAGAGGCGUUGGCUGAGGGAGCAAAAAGAGCAGGGCAGGCUGUGGUCGCCCAAACACAGAGGGGGAGGAAAUGGAGGCGGGGGGAGGGGAGGAGGGCUGGAGAAAGGGAGUGAGGGGGACUUCCCCGCCACCACUGAGGACUACACAAGCCAAGUGGCCCGUUGGUGAGGCUCUGGUCUUCAGAGAGAGGAGCAAGAGAGAGAUUCCUCACAAACUUGAUUCAAACCUUUGACUCUCUCUCUCUGGCACAUCCUCUGUCUCUCUCUUUCUGCCUCAUCAUUAAUCUGUCUCCUGCAUCCGUCCGUUUCUCAGCUUCAGUGUGAUCCGAGUGCUCUGCUGUUUCUUUAUGAAAACUGCCAAGUCUGUGAGUCUCACAGCAGCUCUGCCUUGGAGUGCCCUUUGGUGUCUUAAAUCUUUAAAUGCUGUUUGUACAUUUUUUUUUCGUCAUUUAAUUUUGGCCUUGGUUAUUUCUCGUUGGCGGAAUAAGACAGCAAACCGAGGUGAGAGAAGAAGAAAAAACAAAAACGAUCAAAAGACUGCAUUGCUUUUAAUUUUGACAUUCAAAGCAAAAGCGAUGAACGUCAUUGAAGCCUUUUGUUGCAACUGGUAGAGAACCAUUUGAAUGAUGUAGUUGUAGAGUAACUGGUGGUUGCAUGUCACACGUUAACAUUAUACUGCAAUUCGGGAGAGCGAUUUCCAAAAGCUGCACUGUACUGAAAGCCAAAGUCAAUGAGACAAAUUGAAUUCAAUGAGAAUGAAACCCUCUCUGCAGACCAUGCUGUAUGCAUGCAUGUUUUAAACCAAAUUACAGACGACUAUUUGAUGGUGUGAAGGUGACAGUCCAGUAUUAUUUUCUGAAAUGCAAUACUUUGCAGACUUCAACACAUCUCCCAAAGAUAACAUGUAGACACAAAGCCAAUCGCACGGCCACAAAGAGUACAUCGUGCUGUGCAAAAUAACUUUUCUUGUUCUUUUUUUACAUGAAAAAAGGGAGACAAGUUCUCUGUGAUGAGAAAAGCAUAUUUUGUGAGUAAUUCAUUUUUGAAGUAGUGGGUUGCGGAGAUAAAAAGGUUGGUAAAUAGUACAGGUGAUGAAAUGCGUUAGUGUGGCCUGACUGUGAAUGAGAUGAUCAGCAUUCAGCUCUCACGCCCUUCCCCGUCACACUGGCUGCUUUUACAUGUUGGUAGAGCUGACGGCAACUGCACUGUGGGCAGCGAGAGCGCUUCAAUGCCAGCAGAGCACCAGCCAACAAAACACCAGCCUCAAAGCAGGUAGAAAAAAACGUGUCUGUCAUUUCUUUUUGCCCGGUAGUUUCCAGUCCUUCACAUCCAAUCAGCCUGGCGACACGUGAAGAUGAAAGAGGGCUUGUUUUUCAUCUGCUUAAAUAGGCUUCAGUGAUGCUUUUCAUGCCUCUUAUCUCUCAUUCACUCAAAAUCCCCGCUUAUCAAAUUAAAUGUUUACUAAAUGUCAACACUGAAGUGGUACUGCUGCUACUAUUCUAACAGUCAUUUCUCAUUUCUUCUGUGAUUGCAUUUACUUUUUAGUUUGUUAUUUCAUCUCAAAGAAUCGCCCGUGUGUCGUCUGGUUUGAAUGAUUCAUCGAGCCCGUGCGGUGAAUGUGUUGAAUGAAUACAGGUUAAAGUUGUCAAGAGUUGUAUUGGUGCACUUGUCUGUACGGAUGCACUUAGUCUGAGUUCAGUGAGUGUGUGGAUGGCUGGAUGAGAACAAGGACUAGGUGUAUAGCACAUUGAUAAAACUCCCAACUGUUUCAAGAGGAGCUACAGCUCUGAAUAUUGAAUCGUUUUUGUGUAGAAUUUAUAACUGAAUUCAUCAAGUUUGUGUUGUAGCAGUGAAAAGGACAAAUCAUUUUAAAGACGUCAUGGCAAAUUAUAAAGGGUCAUUUUGGAUUAUUUUUGUCUCCAUUUGAUGCUACUUUAUACAUUCAAAAGGCCCUUUAAACUCCACUCCAUUCAUUUGACAGCUAUAGUUGCCAGUUACAUUGCAAAUACAUGCAACAUGACUUAUGUUGAUCAUUAACAAUAAUCCACUUAUAUAAAAUAAAUUGUAUGUAUUCUGCUUAAUGCUAAAUUAUGCCAUAUAACAUUAAAUAUGUAUGACUAAAUAAACAUCAACCAAAGUUUUUUAGGUAAUAAAUCGUCAAAAACUCUGCUCCAUCCGAGCUGUUUGGGUCUUGGUUUUAUCAGAUUCCAGUAACUUAAGUGAAUUAAGUGUAGGACCCCAUUGCUCAUAGUAAUAAGCUGAUUAAUAAUAUGUUUCAGGGACCUUUUAGUAAAAGUGAAUGCAGGAUAAUUACUUUUAUGUUUUUACACAGGCCUUUUUCAGUGAAGGCAUUUCGACCUGUCAUAGAAGGAAAGCACGUGUAAAUAAUCAAAUGAAUGAUGAUUUAUAUAAAUGAAAUGGUAUUAUCACUUGAUUUUAUAGCUAUUACACCAGAAGUAUUUCUUUUGAAAAUGAUAAUUGCCAAAAGGACGUUUAUUCUGGAAAUUUCUUUUAAUAAACCAACAUGCAGCACUGCUGUGUGACAAGCUGUAGGAAUUGCAAUGUUCCCCAGUGACAGAUGGCACGAGCACCGCAUGAGCAGUAGAGGUGCUGUACAGCUAUUAAUGAAACACUUGUUGUAAAUGUGCUAUAUACCUAAGUUUGAUUAUAUAUACAUAUAUAUUUGUAUGUGUGUGUGUGUGUCUGGCUGCAAAGUCGCUGAGGUGUGUUUAUUAUCAUGUGUCCGUGUGUUUCUGUCAUCAUGUGUUGCGCUGCCUUAAAGCGUCCUGUGAGGUACAAUGCACAGACUGAUCCCUCACAGCGAUUCAUCCGGAGAGGCAGAGCAACGAAAGGAAGCAAAAUUGUUAAGAAGGUUAAAAAAAUUAAAGUGUUUAGGUGUAACAAAGCUACUGUGACACCACAGAGAUCAGAAAAUAACUCUAAUUAGCACAUUUCCCCUCCCCUCACGCCUGCAAUUAACAGUUGGCUUUUAAAUGGUAACUGCUGAGUGAUUCUUGUGUCAGACGGUUCAUUUAAUAGAGAAAUGUGUAAUUCAUAUCUCUAGAUUUUUACAUUUUGAAAGAGAGUGUUGGGAAGUAGGACGGUAUGUGGGAAAGUAGAGCGAGCUAAGAAAAGUCCCCUCAGUUAACAUUGCAGUCAAUGGGCCAGAUGGAUGGCACUCCUGUCACUUUGAGGCUCACAGCGCAAACUGUUGAGGUCUGUUCGCUCAGAGAGUUACAUUGUUUCAAAGACCGCACAUUUUUCUACAUUUUCGAUGAAAGUAAAACAUGUAUGAAAAGUGCAAAGGAGGAAGGAUGUUGAAGAGUCAUUUUAGAGUUUAAUUAACACCUAAACCCCAGUAUGCAUGCCAUGUCCCACGAUCUGUCCAUUCAUUUGAAUGAGGUAAAAAUUCACAAAAAAUACUUAAUUAAACCAAAAACAUGUACUUGCGAUAAUGUCCUCAAUGAGCUGAACAUUUUUAACAUAGAAAAUGAAGUUCCUAUAUUGAAUGGUGUUGAUGUAGUUCGGUGCCAAAAGAAGAGGAAGACCAGUUCAAUUAAUUUACUGUGCAUCCAUUGCCUUAGCAUAAUCAACGAUAUAGACAUGUUCAGGCUUAUUGUUUCUGUGACUUCUUAGUAUUUGUUUUCACCAAAUGAUGUCCUAAAAGACUUUCCCCCAAUUUUGUAAUUGUAAAAGUGAAAACUCUCAUACUAUGGUGUAAAUAAAGUGAUGGGGGUGGGGGGGCAGUCUGACAUUCCCAGAAAAGUGUGACAUGCCUCUUUGUUAGGAGCAUUUUAAUGAACUUGUACUGCCACUUCAUAUCUCUGAGAGUCAGAUUUCUCUGUUUUUAUUUGUUUCUUUAUAUAAUUUCAAUUGUUGCUUAAUAAUUGGCUUCAUAAAAAUACCAGUACUACCAACACCUCAGUUGUAAUGGAAGAGAGCUUUCUUAGUGUAAGAAUUUCUAUGUACAUGUUUAAAGUCUUGUGAUGAAAUGAAACAGUCUAAAAUCCUUUUGGCGUGUAAUAUUUAAUCUGCCAUUUUUUUCAGAACUGAAAAAAAAUGAGUGACUUCUGCUUAAGAUAUCUGAAAUAAAUGCAUCGAAUG